AUGAUCCGGGCCAAGCCCAUGCUUCUCAACCUGAGCACCCAGAAGCUCGCCUCAAAGUGCAAGGCCCUCAUCUCAUUGGAAGGCUUACCUGCGACCGCCGCCUCGGAGAUGGCCGCGGCCGUCCCGGGCGUGCUGCUGCUCGCGACCGCGAAGCUGCAGCAGCGGUGGCUGUUCCUGCGCGCCGCGGCGGCCAUCUCCCCGCGCUGGCGCGCCGAGUGGCCCCGCCUCAGCCCCUCCUGCCUCGGCGUGCUCCUGAACAGCAGCGACCGCCGCCUCGCGCGGCUGCGCUUCGUGUACGCCGCCCGAGAGGCGGCCGGGGUGCCGCUCUUCAACGCCGUGGUGAUGCCUGACGCCGCGUUUGCGACGCGGUUCGAGGGCCACGCGCGGUGGUGGGCGCGCGAGCAGGCCGGCGGCGGCGGCGGCGCGGCGAGCGGCGGCGGCGGCGGCGCGGCGCUGUCUUGA